UCCUUAUUAGAUAUACGAAAAAAGAGAAACCCUUCAUUGAUUUUUCACCCAUUUUAAGUCAUCCCAUUUUCACUUGAAAAGGUCCCUCGGAUUCAAGAUUUGGAGUCCAAUUGCAAUUCAAGUAACACAAGAGUUGAGUCUAGGACAUUGUGAGACGACACAAAUAUUGAUUCUUCUAGGUAUCCAAGAAUGGUGAAGAAAGACCAAAAUAUCCAAUCAGGGGCGGCCAAAGAAGUUUUGUCGCCAUCGCCGUCGCCCUCGCCCUCGUCUUCGUUAUGCAAAAAGAAGUACAAGGGAGUUAGAAUGAGAAGCUGGGGAUCUUGGGUGUCUGAAAUAAGGGCACCAAACCAAAAGACAAGAAUAUGGUUGGGUUCAUAUUCAACACCAGAGGCAGCUGCUAGGGCAUAUGAUGCUGCACUUUUAUGCCUUAAGGGAACUUCAGCCAAUUUUAACUUCCCAAUAUCCAAAUCACAAAACUUCAACCCUGAUACCAUCAUGUCCCCUAAGUCCAUCCAAAGGGUGGCAGCCUCAGCCGCUAAUGGUGGUUUUCCUCUGCCCGGACCGCCCGUCUCUUCCACAUCAUCAGCCUCAGCGCCACCACCUGCCACCCCAUCUCCAAAUUUAUCUUCUUCAUCGCCUGUCUGCAGCCUCAUUGAAGAUGAUGAUGUCUCACUGGCACCACCAUUGAUCAAUGAUUACACAGUACCCUAUGUUGCAGAUGAACCUAUAAUGACCUCAUGGUACAACUUUGAUUCCCCCAAGUACACAGAUAUCCUCAAUGGAGCAUUCUUUGAUCCAUUAAUCAUGGAAGAUUCUUAUGAAGACAUUGAUAUCCCCUUAUGGAGCUUCUGCUGAUGAAGACGCAUGGCACGUUGGUUGGGAUGAUCGAGUAGCAGUCAACUGAUUCACUAUUUUUUAUAAUUUUAUUCGUUGAAUGAUCUUCAGUUAUUUCUUGAAGACAUCACUGACAGUGAACCAAAAUUAAUAUUUUAUUGCAAUUGAAUGUUUUAGGAAACAAUAAUUCACAAGAGAGAAACAUAUUAAUUUUCUAAGCUUCUCCCAA